AUGGCGGAAAUUAAUCAGUACAUUGCCAAGAAUGUUGCAUGGGUCAAGUUGCCAGCAAACGUUAAAACGCUUGUUGGAAAUGCCGAUGAGUACGCAAAGAAAAUAAAGGAAUAUUCUAUAGUUCACCAACUAAAGUACAAGGAGAAUUUAAUUCGCUAUGUAGAGAAGAGUCAGCGUGAUUACUACGAUCAACUGCUACGAUACAGUCGGGAACACUACAUGCUUUUUCCUUAUCAUUUAUCGAACUACAUAAUUUCAGGCAUGCGAACAACGCCAUUUCAAUAUUACCAGUCGAUCCUCAUUCAAAUGAUUGAGUCUGAAAAGAACUACGAUACACUGCCCAACUUUACCGCAGCUGAUUGCGUUCGCUUGCUUGGCAUUGGUCGAAAUCAGUAUAUCGAUCUGAUGAAUCAGUUCAAGUCUUCGAAAAAGUUUCUCGGCAUGAUCAAAAAGCCCAUCAAGGAGCUACUGCCGAGCAAACCUGUUGACAGCCUGUUCAUUGAUUUCUGGUGGGUGGUGCGACCAGGGUACAUCACCGAGGACGACAUGAAGUCCAUGGUGACGGCAAAUGAAAAGAGUCUAAUUGAUACGGUUCUUAAUGAGAGCAGUAAGGUUUUCAACGCCGGUCUCUUCAACUAUGACGACGUUCAAAGUCUCUACAUCAAAGGACUCAUCUACUUUGACAUUCUCAUCGAUAAUAAUGAUCUAAUCUACAUUCCGCCGCUCGAAGGUUUUGUGAUGAAUCGCACUACUGGGGACUAUUUUGAAACACUUCUCUAUAAGAUUUUUGUCUCUAUUGACGAAAAAACGACCAUUUUGGAGCUAUCUGAUGUGCUUCAAAUUGAUUUGAGUCUAGUGAAGAACGCCAUCUCAAUGUACUGUCGACUAGGAUUUGCGUUUAAGAAAAAUAACGAUAUCAAUGUCAACGCCUGCCAUCCAAGCUGGCUAAAGCAUCUGCAAACGACAAACUCGGAGCGAAGCGUCUCCAAGUUGACCGAAAACAUUUCCGACUUUCUGAAUUCUCUGAGUAACUUAGAGGAAGAAAAGACGACGACAGCAGGCGUAGUGGCCGGAGCGACAGCCUCAUCGACCACGGCGACGGUGACGCCCAGUCACAGCACUGUAAGUGAGAGUAGUGAAAGCGAGCCAAGCCAGGCCAUCACCAAGCAGCUGUCGGGCGAAUCGUCCAGCCUGAUGACGGGCUCUUUCAUUGCGUCGAACAACCGAAAGCGAAUGGGUCUGCUGUACGACUCGACACUGGCUGCCUUCCUCAUGAUGGGCAACCUGACCCCUGGCUUAAAAUCGCACGCAGUGACCAUGUUUGAGGUGGGCAAACUGUCUGACGAGUCAAUGGACAGCUUUGUCACUGAGCUGGCCAAGAUCAACGAGCUCACGUUGGAGGAGGAAGGCGGCGAAGCUGAGCGGUACUUUCUUCACGCCAUCAUUCUCUGCCAGACCAUACAGUUCCUGCGAAACAAUCUUGAGCUGACGAAAAAUUUAACUGACUGUGAAGUAGAGGCUCCUAAUGCUGCGGGCCUAGGCCUGGACCUCAUUCGCUGCGAAAGUUUGCUCAAUCUCGAUAUUGAGUCGUGUGAGCGGCUGCUCAGUCGCAACUACGAGCUGCUCAUAUCUGUCGCGCCGUUGAGCAAUGAAACGCAAAUCAUCACCUGCGAGCAGAUCCCCUACUUUGGGGCGUCCUCGCUGAUCAAUUCCAUUUGGUUCAAGCUGUACCUGUACUCGAUCACCAAGUGCGGCCCACCGUCGCUGUUGCUUUCCAAAGGCGUACGGCUGAACGCUCUGCCGAACAUGUUCCACAAGUACGACGCGCUGAUGAUCACCAGCUGGGGUCGUGACUCGGGCAUUGUGCCCCUGUCUAAUGCCCUCAUUGCCAUCAACGAGUCGGCCAUCUACAAUCCACUGCUUAUUCAGGCGUACCCGGCAAAUAGCAUCAAAAUUGCCGACGAUGAGCUUAUCUACCUGCCUUUGCCACUGCUUGAUAAUCUCGAGGAAGACCAGUCAUUCAGUAUGUUCAAGGACAAUCGGGCGAUUGUUAACUUACUGGAGCACAUUGAUUUACGACGGAUUUGCGGCUACCUGACGUUGAUCAAGUACAAGCACCACCAGUCGGUGCAUGGCCAGGCGGUCAGCGCAGGCGUUGUCAAGAGUGCCCAAUGGUCACUGUUGGACUGUCACUUUGGCAUUCCCCUCUUUGAUCGAGAUCUAAAUCGGAAUGUCUGCUACCGCAUCCAGAAGAACAGUCUCUUUGACAGAGAAAAGUAA